CUCAGUUUAAGUCACUUUGUAGAAAACAAAUGCAAGUAUGAUUUUACAGUUUUGCAUGGUGCUCUUCUUCUCCAUUGAAAUUGGCAUUUGCUCAUUCCAAGACUCUUUGAAGCCUGUUGAUGUAAAAUUCUUCUCUAUAAAUCUUAUAAAUAAUCUGCAUUGGCAACCAGGGAAUGGAAGUAGUAAUGCAACACUCUACUAUGUGCAGUAUAAAAUUUACGGGGACUCGGACUGGAAAAACAAAGCAGAAUGCUGGGGUAUCUCUGCAACUUCUUGUGAUCUCACAGCAGAAACAGCAGACUACAUAGAAAGAUAUCAUGGGAAGGUGAAAGCAAGAGAUCUUGACGUUACUUCUGAUUGGAUGGAGACUAGCAGUUUUGUCCCUUUCGAUGACACUGUAAUUGAUCGUCCAAAACUGAAGGUAACACCAAAGGUUAACUCCCUGAAGAUAAACAUUGCUCCUCUUGACACCCAGAGAAGGAAUCCUUCUAUGAGGAAAGCGUUAGAGCUAAAAUACUUAGUAACACUUUCACAACCUGACAAUCAGACAUAUACAAAUGAAAGAAUUUCUAAAAAUAGAACGAUAUCUAUUUCAACAUUAACCCCAGGAACAAAGUAUUGUAUCUCUGUUAAAACACAAUAUUGUAAAACAAAAGCACCAACCUCUUGUAAGAGCAGUAGAGCAAGUGAGAAGUAUUGUGCAACAACUAAGAAAGAUCCAGUAACCAGGAGGAUAAUUAAGGCUUUGAUAGGCGGUAUAUGUGGGGUCGUGUUUGUCUGUGCGCUUAAAGUAAUGUUAAUAUUUAUUUAUCGGUACACAUGUCGACCCAAAGCGCUUGCCAGCCUCCUCGGUAAGUAUGCGAUGAUGAGGAUCCCCCCUCCCCCUGUGAAUUGGAAACUACAGCAGCCAACUAAAAUGAUGGCCAAGGAUGACCCUGAGGCACACCUUCAAUUAUUUGAGACAAUGUCUAGCAGUACCAUGUGGCCGGCUGAGCAAAGGGCUCAGACGGCUGUCCAGGCAUGGGAAUAG